ACGGGCGGCCGGACGGACCGAGCGGCGGCCGGAAGGACGGGCGGGGACUCGAGCCGGGGUCGCGGGGGCCCGGGCAGCGGCGAGGAGGGGCGCGGGUCGGGGCGGGUGGUCGGGCUGGGCCGGCGUGGGCCGGUUCCGGGAGCCCCCGGCUGGCGGCCCUGCGCACAAAGCGCCUUUGUUCCUCCCGCGCGGCCGGUUCGGGCCGGUUGGCGCCGCCCCGCCCCGCGCGGCGAAGGCGGACCGGGCGCUCCGGAGCCCCGCCCCCGCGAGGUAAACAAACCCGGGUCGCCGCCCGCCCGGGAGUUCGGGGUCGGCCGGGGCCCCCCCGGAGUGGGCGCUCCCUCCGGGGAGCAGCCGGUGACCGCAGGGGCUCCCCGACGCCCUGCGCAGGCUUCCGCCGGCCCACAAACAGGAGCAUGGCAGCCAUCCCCUCCAGCGGCUCGCUCGUGGCCACCCACGACUACUACCGGCGCCGCUUGGGUUCCACUUCCAGCAACAGCUCCUGCGGCAGCGCCGAGUACCCUGGGGAAGCCAUCCCCCACCACCCCGGUCUCCCCAAGGCCGACCCGGGUCACUGGUGGGCGAGCUUCUUUUUUGGGAAGUCCACUCUCCCGUUCAUGGCCACAGUGUUGGAGUCCCCAGAGCACUCGGAGUCCCCCCAGGCCUCCAGCAGCACCAUCACCUGUGACCUGGCUCCAGAAGCCUCGAGGAAGCAGCCUGGUGGCCAGCCUGCCAAAACCAAUGCUGGGCCCCGGUCCUGAGUGACCACCACCUUCCAGAGGCCCUGGGUUCCUCAGAGCCCCUCCCUGCCCCGCCCACCCCCUACACUAGGCAGGCUGGUGGAAGCAGAAGCAGUUGGGUUCCUUUAUAUUGAAACAGCAAAACACCAAAAAGGAAGAUGAGAGAACCCAGCUCUUUACCACCCCAGCCGCACAAGAGCCUUCCUGACACCCAGUGACCGUGUGCCUUGCCCCAAGUGCAAAAUAAACUCCAAGUGGCCAGCA